AUGGCCAUUCUCCUUCGCCAUACGGCCUUUGGUCGGACGCUAAGCCUGUUCACCAAGCCAAGUGGCCUCGACCCUUAUCGUGUGACCGCAGAUACCGACAUCCAUCCGUCCAAGAAUGACAUUGUGCCCGAAGCAGUCUAUCUGGUGGACUGGACCGGCCCUACGGACCAGGACAAUCCCAGGAACUGGCCAUCAUGGCUCAAGCUGCUGGUCCUGUACAAUGUGCUGAUCGUCAACCUCAGCUUUUACACGGCGCCAGGAAUCUACGCAGCCAGCAUGACUCCGAUCCAAGAAUCCUUGGGUGCCUCCUACGAGGUGGCCAUGCUUGGCCUCUCGUUGUUUGUAAUUGCGUAUGGUGUAGGCCCGCUGAUUUUGUCGCCCAUUUCCAAUUUGCCGGCCAUCGGUCGCACCCCGGUCUACGUGCUCGGCUCACUGGCCUUCUGUUUAUUCAGCAUUGGAGCCGCGUUGGCGAAGAACAUAGAAACCGUUAUCAUUCUCCGUGUUCUAGGUGGCCUAGUCGGGGCCUCCCCCACCUGUAUCGGUGGCACUACCAUUGCUGAGGUGUUUGGACCCCGUGAAUUACCCUACGCGUUGGCAGUGUAUGUCCUGAGCGGAGUGUGUGGCCCAGCUUUCGGUCCUGUACUGGGAACCGCCGUGGUCGACCGCUGGGGUUCGUGGUCUGCAGCACUUUGGUUGAUCGCUGGAAUCGCCGCCAUGUCGACAGUUUUUAUGUUCUUCCUGCUCCCAGAAACUCUGGCCGACAACAUUCUCUAUCGUCGAGCCGCUCAUUUGCGCCAGGUAACUGGGGAUAACAGGUAUUGCAGCCCGAGUGAGACGGAAACCACCGAGAAUAACCUGUUCCGGGCGAUGCUCAAGCAGAUCGCCGCUGACUUCCGACUCUCCUUCAUUGACCCUGUGAUCCUAUUCAUCAAUAUCCACACUAUGUUCAUAUACGGGAUUUUAUAUCUCUGGUAUGAGUUUUUCCCGUACGUCUUCGGGGAAAUCUACGGGUUCACAGGAAUGAAACAAAGCUUUGCCUUCUUUGGCAUAUUCGUCGGCGCGGUCAUCUCCGUCAGCUCCUACAUGCUCUGGAUCCAUUACUAUUUCCAGCCCCAUGUAGCCCGAAAGGAGGCAAACAACGAAGUUGUCGAACCCGAAGAGCAAAUCCUGCCAGGUGCAGUGGGAGCAAUUUGCAUCCCUAUCUGCCUCUUCAUAUUCGGCUGGACCUCCCGUGAAAAUGUCCACUGGAUCCUCCCUAUCAUCGGCACCGCCUUCUUUGCCCCGGGAUUCCACCUCACGUUCCAGACCAUUCUCAACUAUCUGGGCCAAUCAUACCCAAGCCAUGUCGCUGGCGUCUUUGCCGGCAACGCUUUCUUCCGCAGCGCAUUUGGCGGAGCGUUGCCACUCGCUGCCAGACGCAUGCUGCAAUCGCUUGGCAUCGGAUGGGCUUCUAGUAUUCUGGGCUUCAUUAGUCUCGCCAUGAUCCCGCCCCUCUUUGUCUUGUACCGGUACGGCCAGAAAUGGCGCUCGUCAAGUAAAUAUGCAAGCAAGUAA